AUGGUCGCGUCGGGCAGCCCGCCUGCAUUUACGCAUCAGAGUUCGGACAGAGCGCAUGUUUGUUUCGAAUAUUUUGAAUUGUUUAACAUGAACGAAAAUAAAGAAUUUUGGGAAUCUUUUAUUUCCAUUUACAAACGGCAUACUUGUUUGUGGAAAGUUAAAAGCAAGGAAUAUAUGAAUAGCGACCUAAGAAAUGUCGCUUACAGCGAAUUAAUUGAAAAAGCGAAGGAAAUCCAUGAUAAUGUCGAUCUGGCGUUCGUUAAAAAGAAGAUAGAAUCCAUGAGGAAUUGUUUUCGACGUGAGCUACGAAAGGUGAAGCAAUCGCUGAAAACGGGUUCAUCAGCAGAUUCCGUAUAUAAACCAUUUCUAUGGUAUUUCGAUCUGCUGCUUUUUACAUCCGACCAAGAGGAAGCAAGACACGGAACGUCUUCAAUAGCUUCACCCCUUUCUACGACCGAAGAUAGUGUCGAUGAUACAAUCGUAAAUAGCAGCCACGUGGACCGCGUACGUGAGGAGGUCGCCGUGGGCGACGGGGCCUGCGUACGCGGGGUGGACGUCGUGUGGGUGGGUCACCACAGCUGCCUGUGGUGGACGAGGUGCCUGUGGUGGCUGGCCCCUCAGGGUUACAGCCACCUGCAGUGGCUGGCCCCUCAGGGCUACAGUCACCUGCAAUCCGAAGCACGGCCAUCAUCGGUGCAGCUGCUGGCGGAGUUUUAUUCCCCAGCACCACCAGCAUCACCGUGCGUGUCGGUGCCUUCGCCGUCCAUGUUUGUAGAAGUCUUAAUGGACGAGGAGCUUCCGCAGCGCGCCCUUCCUCCUCCUCGCUCUCGCAUCCUCACAGAGGCUGAGAUCCUGGAGUUCGUCAACUGUGAAACCAGCAGACACGUGGUGGACCGCGUACGCGAGGAGGUCGCCGUGGGCGACGGGGCCUGCGUACGCGGGGUGGACGUGUGGGUGGGUCACCACAGGUGCCUGUGGUGGACGAGGUGCCUGUGGUGGCUGGCCCCUCAGGGUCACAGCCACCUGCAGUGGCUGGCCCCUCAGGGCUACAGUCACUUGCGAUCCGACGCACGGCCAUCGUCGGCGCAGCUGCUGGCGGAAUUUUAUUCGCCAGCAGCAUCCCCAACACCAUCAUCCCCAGCACCACCAUCCCCAGCACCAUCAUCCCCAGCACCACCAGCAUCACCGUGCGUGUCGGUGCCGUCACCGUCCAUGUUUGUAGAAGUCGAGGCGCUUCAGAGCGCCCUUCCUCCUCCUCGCUCUCGCAUCCUCACAGAGGAUGAAAUCGCGGAGUUCCUCGACCGUGAAACCAGCAGACACGUGGUGGACCGCGUACGCGAGGAGGUCGCCGUGGGCGACGGGGCCUGCGUACGCGGGGUGGACGUGUGGGUGGGUCACCACAGGUGCCUGUGGUGGACGAGGUGCCUGUGGUGGCUGGCCCCUCAGGGUCACAGCCACCUGCAGUGGCUGGCCCCUCAGGGCUACAGUCACUUGCGAUCCGACGCACGGCCAUCGUCGGCGCAGCUGCUGGCGGAAUUUUAUUCGCCAGCAGCAUCCCCAACACCAUCAUCCCCAGCACCACCAUCCCCAGCACCAUCAUCCCCAGCACCACCAGCAUCACCGUGCGUGUCGGUGCCGUCACCGUCCAUAUUGAUUCCUGUCAGUAUGUCUCCUCGAAAACGGGCUAAAUGGUCUGAUGAAAGCUUGAGAGCGGCAGUUAAUGAUGUACGUUCUGGACGAUUGUCGACAUACAAAGCUUCGGCGCAAUAUGGCGUGCCCAGAAAAACCAUUAGAAAUCAUCUUAAAAGUGGACUUGCAGGAAAAGGCUGGUUAAGAUUAUUUUUAAAACGAAAUCCCAGCUUAGCAAAACGAAAAGCACAAUUCCUAAACCCAGCUCGAGCCCAGAAAUUAAAUAAGGUUAUUGUCGCUCAUCAUUUUCAUGAAGUUCGUAAGCUUUAUGAUGAGUUAGAUCUUCAUUACCAUCCGGAGAAGAUUUAUAAUAUGGACGAGAAGGGCUGCCGGCUAACAUUACAUCAUCAACAAACAGUGAUUGCUCAGAAGGGUGCUAAAAAGGUGCACAUGCUGGGUUCUGAGCAUGGUGAGAACGUUACUCUUGUGGGAUGUGUUAAUGCUAUAGGGAAUCCUAUACCCCCCAUGAUACUUUUUAAGGGAAAAAGGAAGAAGCCGGAGUAUGAUGACGAUUUGCCUGUAGGAUCAAUUGUCCACAUGGCACCAAAAGGCAGUAUGACAAAAGAAUUGUUUAUUGUUUUUAUCGAACACCUAGCUAAGUAUAAAACUCCUGGAAAAUGCCUUCUCAUUUUUGACGGUGCCAAAUGCCAUCUAGAUUUUCGCAUUGCCGAAACAGCUGAAAAACAUGACAUUGUCCUUUAUUGUUUGCCAUCCAAUACGACACACGAAUUACAGCCUCUUGACAAAGCCUGUUACAAACUUUUUGAAUCGUACUGGGAUCAAGAAGUUCUACAAUAUAUGUACCAAACACAAGCCCAAAAGAUCACUAAAACUCGAUUUAACGCAAUUUUAUCUAAAAUCUGGGCAAAGAGCAUGACCUAUGACAAUAUAACAAGUGGAUUCAAAGCAACUGGACUUUAUCCAUUAAACGUUGAUGCAAUACCUGAAACUGCUUUUGCUCCUUCCAUCUUAACAGAGCGUCGUAUCAGUAAGAGUAAUUCAAACGACUGCGUUGUACCUUCAGAAGUAAUAAAUACAAACGUAAGUCCUCAAGUAAAUUUAACAGGAUCCGAUACAAAUAUUGAAACAGACACUGAUUCACGUCAAUCCUCGCCCAUCCUGAACCUGUAUUUGCAUAAACUGAUCGAUGCCGAAAAAUCCUUACCAUUAUCCCCGGCCGCACCUGAUCUUCGAGUAUUA